AUGUGUAGCACCCACCUGGCGUCGCUCCGCUGCCAGGCCAAACCCGGACACUUUUACGACGCGCUGCUGAAGGCCUGCCUGCCCUGCGUGGAGCUGUGUGGAACCCGCGGGAGGCACCCGGCCGAGUGUGCACACGUGUGUGAGGCUCCACCAACCUCCGGCGGGCUCACCCAAGCCGCACUUCAGUCCUCCACCACCAGAGGGAGCUCCCUCACCAAAGGGGAGCACCACGCCGCUGCCAUCUACUGCCUCUUGGGCCUGUGUCUGGCUGCGCUCUUCUGUACCCUCGCUGUCACCCUCCUGGUGCUGCUGCGGAAGGCUAAGGGCCAGGCGGACCAGUGGGGCCACAGGGCGGGGCCCAAGGACCAGGAAAACAGUGACGACUCACUCCGCCCGUCUUCAAAAGAUCGGCUGUUGGACGCGGUGGUUGGUGGGCAGAAGAGGGCGUGGCCGACAGAGACCUGCAUGCACUGCUUCCCACAGCAGCAAAGGGGGGACGACCGGCCCGCUUUCUACCAACAAGCCACGGGCACGGCGCCCCCUUCAGGAGCCUCCGAGACACAACACCACCACCGACACCAGGACGCCGUCGCCGUGGCGACCAGCUGCCACGGCUCCUUGCCUGUCCCCGGGGGGAAGGACGGCGGCCUGAGGAUCAUCUGCUCGCCCCGGGAGAGCGCCCCCUAGUGGCGCACAC